UAUAAGGGGAAAAUAACUCGUGGGGAACCUGUCUUUCAUGGGUACCAUCUAGUCAAAAUUGACAUUGCACGGAGUUGGAUACGUGUACGUGUCCGAUUGAUAUUCAAUCUGAACAAUAACGGUAGGAACUAUUGAUCUGUCGAAGUUCAUUAUGGUCCAUUGACUUCGAGUUAUCGGGAAUGACAUGUAUCUAUUCCAAAACCAAUGUGGAAGUGUCAUGAUAAUGUUUGACGACAGUGCUCAGUAAAUAAACUUUAUCGAUAAUAGGAAAUGGCAUCGUCGUUCGCCAAAAGACGAGAUCAGCGAUGGUUAUCAGACAAAAAAGAAAUAACUGAUUUCAGUGAAGAAGAUCUAUUGGAGAAGGAUUAUUUUCCGUUUGACCCGAGCGUGACGGAUUUAACUCUAAUUGUGGAGGGAAAGAAGUUACACGUUUCCAAAAUGGUGUUAAUGGUUGCAUCGUCAGUCUUUAGAAAAAUGUUCACCAGUGAUUUUAAAGAAAAAAGUGGAACGGAACUUGAGCUUCCUGGAAAAGAAUAUUCUACUUUCGCUUUGUUUUUAAGAUGCAUAUUUCCGAUGGAAUAUGUGAUGAUUAAGGAAAAAGAUAUUGGUAAUCUCUUACCAUUGGCGCACGAGUAUGAUGUAAGAUGCGUUUUGAGGAAAUGUGAAACUUGGUUAGUGACUGAAUUUAAGUUCAAGGCUGCAAAAGAACCUUCUCAUUAUGUUGGUGUGGACAAUAAUGUGGAUUAUUUUAUGAAGUGUCUGUACUAUGGUGCAGUAUACAACCUGAGAACAAUUUAUGAUAAAGUCCUUCAAGCCUUAAUUCCAUACAAACUGAAGCGAUAUGCAAACAAUGAAUUUUAUAAAUUGUUGCCAGAAAAGAGCAAAAGAGAGCUUCUGGAAAGUCGACUGUCCAGGAUAGAAGACAAAGGAUGUGUCAAUUUCGAUGAUUGGUUUCAGUGCUCUGGUGAUUUAUUUCUAUAAGAAAAGGUAAUUAUUGCAAAGUGAUUCAAUGGCAGAUAUCGCAAUUCACCUUUAAAUUAGAACGAUUUACCAGAUAUAGUAUUGCGUUGUGUGACGACACAAUUGAAUGAUACGAUUGAACAGUUUGAAUGACAUGUUUGAUGUAAUACAACAAGAGUUUUCAUUGGCCGAUUACAACUCGCCCACUUUCUCGAGCGGAUUCAGGUGAACAGAUAAGAUAAGCGGACUAUCAAAUUACUAGCUGGAGAACUGUAGCUCUCUUUAGAAAUAUUGUGAUGGAACAGAGAGCUACAUAUCGACCUCUUAUAAAAACCUUCGAUUUACGGGGCACUAAAAGCUGCACACGGUUGAGGCCAUGAGAUCGGUGUAUUCUUGUGUUUCUGUCUCAUAAAUUCAAUAUAAUUUUUUUAAAACAUAUUUUCCUAUUAUACCUGUGUCCAAACAUACCUUCAAAUAUUCAUUAAAGCCACACACGACCCCAAAACUCGAAGCUUCAAAUGAUUUCGUUUGUUGACAUAGCCAUGUUAGGAAGUUGGUCAAUUCGAACUUUGUUGCAUUCAUAAAAUUGGUUGUAAGUUAUGUAUUCGCUCUUCAUUUAUUAUCAACACGAAUAAUUAAUAGAAAUAAAAAAAUAUAUAGUUUUUGUAAAGGUAAAAUAAGCUCUUGAUUUACGAAAAUACUACAUAAGCCCAUUAUGGUCCUUAACACUCGUGUGGCAGAGAUGGGGACCGGCCCAGACAAAUGAAAGCCACAUUGCCGUGAGUUGAGCUAUUUAAAUAAUUAUCAUUUAAUGGAACUGGGAUGAGAUAUUAUUUAAAAUAUUUAGCUAAAAUAUUUGUGGGGUAUUAGUUCACAUCUACACACUAUUGUGCCAGUAUGGAAGUGAACCGGAAUUCGAAUUGACUGGCUACCUAACAUGGCUACGUCAAUGAACGGAAUCAAAAAAAGCUGCGAGUUUUUUGGGUCGUAUGGGGUUUUAAUAAAUAUUUGAAGGUAUGUUUGGACACAGGUAUAGUAGGGAAAUAUGUUAGGAAUUUUUUUAUAUUAAAUUUAUGAGACAACAACACAAGAAUACAACUUUUUCUCUUUCUUUCUUUAAAGUUUGUUUCCAUCUGGCCGUCAUGUUUUUAAAUUCCGACUACUCCAAUAUAAGGGAAUUUGGGCGGACUGACACAUAUGGACCAAUGAGAGUUUUUUUUUUUGCAUUUUGCAAUUAUAUUAUAAACAGAUUCAAUUGUGUCGUCACACAAUCCAAUACUAUAUCGGCCAAAGCGUUCUAAUUCAAAGUUGAAUUGCGAUAAUUGUAAACUGUAGAAGUAGUUAUAUGCAUACAUUUUGAGAGCUCGAAUGUAAUAAAUUUAUUUGGUGUUUCUUGGUUUUUGCUACACCUUAUCCAAAAGCAUGUACAUCGUUUACUCACUGAUAUUCACAUUCUAGUGCACUUUAUCCAUUACACUGUAUACAAGCUUUGUGUUUUAUUCCACAAUAUGACAAAAUGCAGUAUAUUUGUUCCCCCUCUCUCGUCCUCCAGAAAAAAACGGGGGUUUAACUGAGCUCUCUGUGUCAUAAAUAAAUCUGGUCAAGACCGGUAUCGAGUAGGCUGAGUCAGUUCUUGCACUGUUCUGUCCAUAUUACACACGUGUGCGGAGGAAUCAAUAGAUUUUAAAUUAUUGAAAUAUUUUAUGGAUAACUGUUACACGUUCGACUCCGUUUUUUCUGUUUGCCAACAAAGAAUAAUAUUAAGGAAUGUAAAACUGUUAUAUAUUUUGACUCUAAUAAAUCACAAAUAUAGGUGUUAUAUAUUAUUAUGCUUGUUAGAGCGGAAAAUAGAAUAUUCAGAACUUAUACUAUACCUAAACAAUACAAGGAAAAAACCCGACAUUCAACAUCAAUGGAAUUCAGAACAAAAUGUAUGAGAGAAAAUACCCAACAUUUACAUGCAUGGAAUACAGCAACAAUACAAACGAGAAGAUAUGGAACAUUUAUAAGAUACAGAAACAAUACAAGAGAGAAAAAAUACCCAACACUCGUGAAAUACAGAAGAUUUACAUACAUGCAUAGUAUGUACAUACUCUUAAUGUUGUAUUCCUAAUAAGAGUUAUGAGAUUGAUCAUUGUUCGUUAUCUUCACCUUGUCAUACAUCUAGUGUUGUAAUUUAAUGGUAGAAUAUGCAUAUACCAUCAUGUACAAAUCAUUACUUAUCACCUACAUGUAGUUGUUAGGGACAUCGAUUCGCAACCGAAAGGUCCAAAGUUCGAUUCUAUGAAUGAAGACACACCAUAUUCCGUAUAAAUAUAAACAAACCCACCUGCUGAGAUAUUGAAAAUAACGCUACACAGUAUUUGACCCAAUGUUCGGUUGUAUUGGCAAACUAGAUUAUUAUAACGACCAUAGAAUUUUUGAAAUGCUAACUUUUAACGAGACUGUUGAAACCUCUGUUAAAAUCUUAAACAUGUUAAAUAUUUUUGAGCAAACUGAAGCAUACACAUUUUAUUAAUCAAUACACAUAAUAAUAAACCAUUUUAAAACAUGCAAGUGAUAUUAUCAUAGCCAUUGAAUAUUGAUAUAUGUACAUGAAAAUGUGUGUUCAACUUAAAUCACAUAGACAUUAAGGUACAUAGAAAUAAUACCUGUGUGUCAAUGUAUGUGAAAAAGCAUGAACAUGUGUGUUCAACGUUAACUUCACUCAGAAUUUAUGUGAAAAGUCAUUGCCUUCACACAGAGUAAUUUACAUGUACAUCAAAAAGUGAUGUGUUCCAUAUUUCACAAAUCAUGAACAAGUGUGCUCAAUGUCACACAUAAAUUAAAAUAUAUCAAAAUGUGAUGUCUUCAUAUCUGGGGAAAAGCAUGAACAUGUAUGCUGGACUUUAUGCAAAAAGAGCAUUGAAUAGCAAUAUGUCCGGCUUCACGUCCCAAAACAUGUACUCGACUUCACAAAAAGAUGUUGUGUUAGAUAUGUAUGUACUUGUUUACUUCUUAGUGCAGUAUUAUGAACUUAAAGUGUCAAAUAUACUAUUAAAGGAUUUAAGAUAUUCGAAAUACUUGUAUAUUCUCUGCUGAAUUAAAAUAAUGGCAUCUUAUAAAAUAUAAAAAUUUAUGAAAUUUAUACUGGUGUAUCAUUCUAUCAGUAUGUAAAACUUAUACGGUACCAAUUUCGAUGCACCAGAUGCGCAUUUCGAAAAUCAUACACAUAAUAGACACUAAGAACCUCUAAUAAUCAAAAUGAAACACCAAAAUAAGAUCAUGGCUACCAUAGUAAUAGAAUUUCACAUCAGGUUCUGAUUUCAAAAUAUUUAAGUAAACAUAUUACAUCUCGAAUUGCAUCUAGUUAGAGCAAUUGACAGAAAGGAUAUUCUUCUAAAUCAAGUGCAUGAGUAAAUGUAGAUAACAUAAAGUAGACAUGCAUAAAUUAAUCUAGCUUGCACAUUCAGAAUCGUUAAUGACGUACACAACAUUGUUCCAUAAUAUAUACUUUUAAUGGCAUUUAACAUGUAAUUCACUUGAAUUCGAUCUCGUUUCCACAAAAAUUCUUGGUGUAUAUCAUCAUGUCUAUUUUUUGGGUAAGCAUAUCUUGAUAGUCCAUGAUAGUUGCAAAAAAAAUGUAAAAUCAACUUUUACAUAAAUAAACAUUACAGUAGCAACAAAGGUGAGAAGUUUUUUGAAACAAUUAGAUAUCGAACCCAGGACCUUUGUACUACUAGGCUAGCCAGGCCGAUAUAAAAAAGGAUUGUAAUACUACUACAAUACGAAAGUAAAACCCAUUUCGGGAAAUCAUACAAGAACUCUUCAGAUGAAGGAGAUAAAAAAAUAGUUUUAAAGAAAAUGUCAGAAAUGUCGCGUAUGUCGUUAAGUUCCAGGAAAAUAAUUGAAACAUGGUGCAAUUUGCUUGCAGUAAAAUUAUUUCAAAUUUCAAAUAAUUUUGACUCAUGGAAAUUUUAUUUUUUGUAUCCUCAAUAUCAUACUUGGAGGAAUCCAAAAAGUUGAAAUUGUUAUGGGUAGGCUAUGUCUCAAACACAAUAACAUUUAAUGCAUCCCCUCUCUCUCUCUCUCUCUCUCUCUCUCUCUCUCUCUCUCUCUCUCUCUCUCUCCACAAUAGGGAAUCUCAGAGUUUUAAAAGGUAGUAUCUAGAAAACAUUCUGCUCAACAUCAGGGGAUGAUUACUGAUACUGAUAUGCAAGCAAUGUGACUCUUGGGCCCCUGACUCUGUUUUUGUAACACAAAGUUUAAGACAAAUAUAUUUACAUUAUUCUUCAACUUGGUGCACAUAAUUGAAAAUACAAUACAUUCACGUUUAGAAAGGCAUCAUCUGGCGAUUCUGUUUCCAUUCAAGUUGAAUUUGAUCUCAAACCUUUUGAUUAGCUUCCACUCCUUUGAAAAUCCAACCACAUAUGUGGUUUCAUCCAAUGCAAAAAGGAAAUGGUAUAUAUGUUACCCCAUUGAAAAUAUUCCCAAUAGUGUCAUCUUUUCAUCUCAAGAUAGGAAUUAUUGAUAGAUAUAGCUCGUUAUAUUUAGGUCAAUCAUACUACAUGUAUUUAGAUUAUAUUGACAUAAUACUGUACCUUUCAAUAUCUGUCGUACCUAUUCAAUUAUGCCAAUCCUCUUUAACCGAUCUUGGACAUCAUGUUCUGUAUUUAACAAGCAUGUAUGAUGUUUACGAUAUAUUUUAUAUUUUGAUUCUCGAUCGCGAACGAUAAUUUGGAAUACCGAUAUUGACUUCCAGUCUGGGUGUAAAAUAUUCGAUAUAUAGCCUAAGCUAAAUAUACUAACAUACUGAAUAUUAGCGUUAUGUAGAAAGUUUUUUUUAUAAACAUCAACAUUGCAUAUUCAUCAUUCUAUGUAAAAAAUUCAAUUCAAAAUAUAUGUUUUUGUACCACCAUCCAAUGUAACCAUUGGAGUUCCAGAAGGCUCUAUAUUAUCGAGGUAAGCUACUGACAAACAAGUUGAUGGUACAGAGAUUUCAACAGUCUCGAUUGAAGUCAGCAUUUCGCAAAUUCUAUGGUCGUUAUAACGAUCUAGUUCGUCAAUACAACCUCGCAUUGGGUCAAAUGCUGUCUGACGUGUUUCAUACCGAUUGUUAAGCCGUUCUUGGCACACUGAUUUUGACUGCGGAUAACUCCGUUUACCUGAUCAGGAUAUGGGGCUCACGGCGGGUGUGACCGGUCAACAGGGAAUGCUUACUCCUCCUAGGCACCUGAUCCCACCUCUGGUGUGUCCAGGGGUCCGUGUUUGCCCAACUAUCUAUUUUGUAUUGCUUGUAGGAGAUUGAUCACUGUUCGUUAUCUUCACCUUGCAUUAGGCUCAUUGUUUUUUAUCCUGUAUAUUAAUGAAUAUCCACAAGCACUGAAACAUGCUCAUGUAAAUAUCUAUGCAGAUGAUACUUCACAAGAUGUAACAGAUAAGUCAAUGGAAAACAUUGAGUCAAAUAUGUGUGAAGAUCUUUAGCACAGUAUAAUGUGGAUUAAGGGAAAUGAAUUAAGUUUAAAUCUGUCAAUGUAUGCUUACAGUUGUAUAUGGAUCUGCACAAAAAUGAUCAAAGUAUAAAAAAAUUGAUAAUUGAAUUUAGUGGUGAAUAACCAUAUCAUAGAAUAUUUUCAGGAGUCAAAGUGGCUUGGUGUUAUCAUUUAUAAAACUUUAUCCUGGAAAAGUUAUAUAGAUACACUUAUUAUAUUUCCAAGAGAAUUGGCAUUUUAAGAAGAAUAAGACAUUUUAUGUUAAACGAUGCGCUGUUGAAUAUUUUUGAUACUUUGAUUUUUCCACAUUUUACAUAUUGUUGCAUUGUAUGGAGCAAUCCAAGAAAUUAUGAAAGUAUAAAUAAUCUUUUUGUAUUGCAAGGGCAAUUCUUAACAUCAGAACUUUUGAAACACCAUCUAAUGUAAUGUUUACACACCUUAAAUGGUUGCCGCUAUCAAAUUACUUUGCCUCUAGAAAAGUAGACAAGUUUAGUGUAUAAUUUUUUACAUGAUUUAAUGCUAAAUUAUUUAAAUGUUUUUAGAUAUGUAUCAGAAGUUUGUCAAAGGCAAACUAAAAAUUCUAAUCAAAAUAUAUUGUAUGCACCCAGGGCAAAAACUGAAUAUUUUAAAAGAUCUUUCAGCAUUUCAGGGAGAACUUUGUGGAAUGCCUUGAGUGAAUAUAUAAGAAACUCAAAAAGUGUUGUGUGUUUAAAGAGAAAUUAUCUUAGAGAUCAUCACCAUACUUUUUCAGUUUCAUUUUGUACCUAUCUAUCUUACAUGUACAUUAAUGAUUAUUUCGCAAGUUUAUUUGUACUUUACUUCUUUUAAUCUGUGUUUAGUUUUACUAAUAUACAUGUAUGUCUGUAUGUAUGCUAUAUGCAGGCUAUUAUUGAAAAGUAGUGUUACCGCAAAAUAUGUAAUCCUAGAUAAAUAAAGACAUUAUUAUUA